AUGCUUCGGACGACAAUCGUGCUAUCCAUAAAGUAUCAGUGCAGCGUACCCGUCAAGCAUGCGGACCCUGUCGGUGUGUACACCUACCUAGUGGCGCUUUUCGCCCGUUUGAAUCCUACCCACGUGAUUCCAUUGAUUCAAUCAAGCUGGCAACUGACAUUCACUGUUUGCAUCAAACUCGGUCAGCGCUGUACAUACACCGCGCGGCGGGCAGUCAAUCACGCUGCAUCGGAAGCUCCCUCGGGACUCGAUCAACAGCGCGCCCUAGAUGACGUGCUACCAGGAAAUGUUUCAAACACACAGAAGUUCCGCCGUAUCGAAGAGAGACUGGAUGGGAUAACGACCCUUCUCCAAGAGAGGUUGCCGACAAGCAGUGCUGUGAACAGUGCGCCUGAAAGGAUGGGCAGUCCCAAUGGAGGAGAAAGAGUCUCAUGUGUCUCAUUUCAGCCGGAAUACAUCAGAUCUCAAGUGCAGAUUUAUCUGGAUCACUUUCACGACCAGCCAUAUUGUGUCUUCUCGAGAGAUAAGCUCAUAAAGGAUGCUGAAAGAUUCCCUUCAGAGAUCAUAUUUCCUCUUGUCGCCCUUACCUCUCGUCUCGCAAGCAAAUCCUCUGUGGACUGGCGGACAUAUGUGCCUAACACAGCAGAUUGUACUGAUAAGGCCUGGAACAUUCUGGCCAAUCGGUACAAGACAGGCAACUUGUGUCUUCCUUUUCUGCAGGGCACAUUUCUGAUGGCUCAACUAGAUCUCUCCGAUGGUCGGUCAGAUCGAGGUUACAAUAGUGUCGCUCUUGCACUUCGAGCGCUACAGUCAGCGGGACUGAACAGAAACGAUGGCUACACAUCGCUUCAAAAUAGAGCUGACCAAGAAGACUGGAAGCGUGUUACAUGGGCAUUUUUCAUGCUUGACCGUAAUUACAAUGCCUCCCGCAGCUAUUCAAUCUGCCUGAACGACAAGCAUUUCACACUACCCUUUCCUUCUCCUGCUGCGACUGGUUCGGACCAUGAAGGCUCAACGCCUUGCGGUAGACUGUACGAAGGGCCUGGGAAACUAGGGAAGAAGGUAGAUAACGGAAUUCUGGCCUGUCUUAUCCGGCUUUCCUCGAUCUGGGGCAAGCUGACAGAAUACGUCUUCGAGCCUUCUAAUGAGGAUGCAUUACCCCCAUGGCAGUCCGGCUCGACACUGGCAGAUCUAGAGUCAGACUGGAUGCAAUUCCAAAUGCAUUUUGCAGAUACGCACCGCUACAUGAAUGUUGAUUUUCGCCGACGAGCGCGCGACGAGCCGGGCUCGCGCACUUACUUGUCCACCUGGCUAUGCGUUCAGUUUCUCUUCCAUUCGAUACAGGCAUUGCUGCACCAUCCAUUCGUCAUAAUGAGCAAGCUUCGCCAGUACGGGGAAAACAUACCAUCGACCUUUCUGCAAAAAUCAUACGAGAGCUCCGUCAUCCAUUCCAGAUGGAUUGCCCGGUUUGUACGGGAAAUGGCCGAGGUGGACUUGAAGCUCUAUGACCCAUUUAUUGGGUACCUCUGCGCGAUUGCGGCCACGAUUCAGUUGGAGCAUACUCAGAGUAAAAAGCAGCAAGUUUCCCGCCUGGCCAAGAACGACUACAAAACACUUGUGGCGUUCGUAGCUGGUUUAUCUGCGUACUGGGGGAAUAUGGGCGUCUUGGCCGAUCGGUUAAACAAAAUUGCUGAACGACGUAAAAACUAUGGUUCACUGUAUGGUAAUCAGGAAGAGUUCUCCGGCAUUCUUCCUUGCAUGCCAGCCUCGACUGAUUUACCUCGAAUGUCUGCUGAGGAUGAGGCUCUAAUGUGGGAUAUUCUUGACUUUAGUUCAUCCUGCAGUUUUGCUAAGACAUCUUUAUUUGAGGCUUCUCGUUCUUCGCCCAACCAGCAUAUGGGAGGAGUGUCUGUUCUGCCACCUCUGGAUGAUUCUUUUACGUCGGGCCAUGUUGUAGUAGGCGAGGCGAUGGACGAUCAGCAAACACCAAGAUCUCAAGAGUCUGGAGGGCCUGCAGACUCUCUUGACCACAUUCUUCCGCCGGAGUGGCCGAUUUCAAAUACUGAGGAGCUGGGAUUGACAAUGCCCGAUGCUGCGGACUGGAUGCUCUUUGGAGGCUACUUGCCGGAGCAGUUGUAA